CUGAACCCGAAUUAUAUCAACGUUACUAGGGUGCGAGCGUGUGAUACGAUACCGGCGACGAUGGAGCAUCCCAUGACCUCAAAACAAGGGUCAGGAAGGCAGAGCAAAUGCGCGGUUUGAUAUGGACCUGUUACAUAAUAAUAUCGUAAAUAGUGCAUGAAAUCGCAUGUCUCAGGUGAUUCAGCCCACGCUGUUGUCAGAGCUUCAGGCCCUUGCAAAAGACGUCGGUCACCUUCUUGAAUCGGAAAAAUUCGCAAACGCGAUGGACGCCCAUGAUGAACUGAAACAAUUUCGAUCAGAAUUCGUUUACCCUAAAAUGAAGGACCUACCUUGCACUGCAUCGAAAACGGACGAAGACAGCAUCUAUCUCUGCGGUCAUUCCCUGGGCCUUAUGCCGAAAAAAACAAGGAACAAUAUCAAUAAGGUCCUAGACUGUUGGGGUCAAAUGGGAGCGGAACAUCACUACAAUGGUUAUCUGCCUGCAGCAUUCUGUGAACUUUACCCAAAGGAUGAAAUGGCUCGACUCGCAGGGUGCUUUCCUUAUGAACUGGUGAUCAUGAACGGUCUCACGGUCAACCUUCAUUUACUUAUGUUAAAGUUUUACAAACCAUCAGGCGAACGGUACAAAAUUGUGAUUGAGGAAGCGGCAUUUCCUUCUGACUUGUAUGCGGUCAAAUCUCAGUUACAGUAUUACGGUUAUACUGUAGUGGAUGGACUAAUUGAACUAAAGCCACGACCCGGAACCGAAAUUAUCGAAGAGGACGACGUACUCGAGGUAAUUCGGAGAGAAGGUCAAUGCAUAGCAUUGCUUGUUUUGCCGGUUGUUCAGUACUACACUGGUCAAGUGUACGAUAUAGGGACUCUAACGAAAGCUGCUCACGGACAGGGUUGCACGGUUCUAUGUGACGCGGCUCACGCUAUUGGAAACAUCCCUGUAGAGCUGCAUAAUUGGGACGUUGAUUGCGCUGUAUGGUGUUCAUACAAGUAUCUGAACAGCGGUGCAGGCGGUACUGGCAUGGCAUUUGUUCAUGAGCGUCAUCUCUCGGAGCUCCCCGCGGUGCACGGCUGGUGGGGAAAUGACACCAGAACCAAAUUCGAAAUGAGGAGAGAAUUUGAGCCCGUUCCGUACUCGGCUGACAGUUAUAAGCUGUCGAACUGUCCGCCUCUUUUGAUAGCCCCCAUCAUGGCUUCACUGGAUCUAUUUAGCCGCGCCGGCGAUGAAGCUCGUUACCGAAAACAACGCAUCAUUACAGGCUAUCUUGAAUACCUUUUAGACUCAAUGAUUUCGUCAGGAAUACCUCUACAACAAAUCACUCCUCGAUGUCUACGUCGAAGAGGUUCAAUGAUUUGUGUCAAGCUCAACUCGAAUCCGGUUGAUCUACACAAGAAACUUAAAGAACGAGGUGUCAUUUGCGACGUUCGAAAACCGGGAGUGCUCCGCGUGACACCGUGCCCGCUAUAUAACUCAUUUCGCGAUGUGUGGCAGUUUGCCCAGACACUUAAACAAGCUACUACAACCUGAUUAACAGUGAUGCAGGAGAGACGUCUGGGGAAGGCCAUACGCAGAAAAAAUACGAAACGCAGAAUUACCUAUGGACAAGGAUAAAUACGACGAAAAGUAAUUCACUGCCACCUAAAGUCUGAUAUUUUCAAAAUUUCCCCAUUUGCCUUAAAUUCUCCAUUGCCAAUUAGACGGACAAAGUGUAUGCAAACCAAAUCUUAUCUUAUGAAUCUGUUUUUGAUCUGCUUAUGUCAAAGUGUAUAGAUGACGAAACAAAACUUUAAAAAUAUAUUGUACUACAAAAUUGGGUAUAUAUACAAUGACAAACGAAGGGUACUGAAUAGUGUUUCCAGCGCGAACUAUUAGUCGGCGAAAGAUUUACCGAUUUUCUUUUGAGCCAUACGCAAUAAAGAUUAUACAGUGUUAAUAUACUACUACGUUGACGGUUCGCUCUUGUGUGCACUCAUCGUAAGGUAAUGCUCUAGUGAAAACGUCUAGCUUUGCAGCUAUUCAAUAAAGUGUUUGCGUUACUCCAAACCCAUGCAACCCUACAUCUAAAUAGGUCCGUUUACAUACAUGUUCCUCUAGAACAACACUUUUAUACCAGCAAUUACGAAUUAACUCGUACCGUCGUCGACACGGCCUUCCUUCCAAACUAAACUUAUUUACUUAAUUAGUAACCGUUCGUUCGGAGCUUCA